AUUUCCACCAUGAAAUUCCUGCUUGUCGUCGUUGGCCUGGCCCUGGCUGUCGCAGCUGAGGAGAAAUUUUUCUCCAACUACCAUGAAGAGAUCGGUAUCCCAGAAGCUGCACGCAUCAAGCUCGCCGAGGAGGCUCAGGACUUCGACGGCUCCAGGAUCACUGGAGGACAAGAGUCUGCUCUCGGCGCACACCCUCACUUGGGUGGUCUGGUCAUCACUUUGACUGACGGCAGACAGUCAGUUUGCGGAUCUUCCCUUCUUACCAACAACAGGGCGGUGACCGCCGCUCAUUGCUGGAGGUAUGGUGGAGUCCAAGCUCGUCAAUUCACCGUCGUCUUAGGCUCUAUCCGUCUCUUCUCCGGUGGAGUUCGUAUGAACACCAACAACGUCCAGAUGCACGCCAGCUAUAACGAGGAUACCCUUAACAACGAUAUUGCCAUCAUAGUUAUGGGACACGUUGCUUUCACCAGUAAGCAAAUCUUUCUUACCUCUUCAUUCCACGUAUUUAUAUUUAGAUUAUUCUAUUAUUUUUUUACUUAA